AUGAGCCGGAAUGGGGAACUGUGCUUGAAGAAAAUCAUCGUAUCGUACAGCCCGAGCCAUGGGGAUCCCGCCGUCCGGCAGUUCUUCGCCACCUACCUCCCCGCCUUCCAUCAAAAGUAUCCCCAGGUGACGAUUGACAUCCGCCCGCGGUUUUGGCCGGAAACGAGCAUCACCGGCGUCUACCGCGAUGGCAGCGAAAAGGCGUAUCGAAUCCGCCAGCUCAGCUCGAUGGGGAUUCACAUCCGCUUUCAUCGCCUGGUGAACGAGGCGAACGACUCCAACCUGCCGUUCGGGCCGAAACACCUGCAUUUUCACCGGCGAAGCGUCCAAGGGGCGUGGAAUCCGUGGCUAUGGGGGUAUGAAAGCACGCGGGUGCGCGGAAAGGCCCCGCCACCGCGGUGGGAUCGCCAACUCACGCCGGAGGAGUGGGAAUAUCAUAUCACGCAGUACGCCGCGCAGGUGGGGGCGGAGGAAGAGGCGAUCGACGCCCGCGUACGGCGGCAUAGCGAGAUCCCCGACGCGAGCACCACGGAGGUGCGGCGGCGAUGGAAGCAGCACGUGCUGCCGCAGAUGCAAUCGGAUAUGGAGUUUAACCUCGAUCACUGGAAACGACAGCAGGCAAAGGGAAAGGCGGGGCCGGAGGCGGCGAAGAUGCACGAGUAUAGCCUCUUUUCCGUUCCCGAUCACACUACGCUUGGGCAGGAUGCUGUCGAUACGCUACGACGCCGGGAGGCGAAACAGCUGGAGGAUUGGUGGCGGCAGCGAAAGGAACAAUUAAAGCCACCGCGAUGA